AGCAACCUACUGAUUCCUUGGUAAUGGUUGAAUACUCUUGGGACCCCCUCAACCCUCCCCACACACACACACACCUCACUCCCAGUCCCCCCACCGCCCCUUUAUUUUUUAUACGCAUGCACCAUCUGCUCACGUGAUGAUGUAUCCGACGCUGCUGUCAGCCAUCUUGGUCAACACCCACCCAGUGCAUUCACUGCAGAGCAGAGGCUGCAGUCCAAUCAGAGCGAGCCGGUGCUGAGCUGACCGGAGGAGGGUAGAGAUUUCCAGCACCGUGCCCUCCUGCAUUUCAAAGCACCGUUCUGCACAAAAGGGACAACAAGAGGCUGAAGCCAAAGAAGAAGAGGAGGAGGUGAAGGAGGAGGAGACGCUCCAGACAGCAGAGUGUUCCACUCAGCUGCAGCAGAGAGCAGACAUUUCCAGCUCGUCCUCAGCUUUGGCCUUUUCAUCCUCACUGAAUUGCUCAUAUUUUUUGGGAGCCUUUGCCAGCAAAGGCAUCUACGCGUCAUUUCAUCUUCCUCGCUGGUGUUGAUUCUCCAACUAGCUGAGUCAUCAUGUCUGACCUGACGCCUCAAAGCGAAACCCCCACUCCCACCACAGACAAGAUCACCCAGGCUGCCAGGGAGACCAUUUAUCUUUGUAACUUUCGUGUCUCUGUGGAUGGCGAGUGGCUGUGUCUCCGCGAGCUCAAUGACAUCUCUCUCACCCCAGACCCAGAGCCAGCCCAUGAAGAUCCUAAGGAUCCAAUUACUAUCGAACGGCUGAACCUGAUGAACAUGGCCAAACUCAGCAUCAAAGGCCUGAUCGAGUCGGCACUCAACCUUGGACGCACCCUGGACUCGGACUACGCUCCUUUACAGCAGUUCUUUGUUGUGAUGGAGCACUGCCUGAAACAUGGCCUGAAAACCAAGAAGACUUUCCUGGGUCAGAACAAGUCGUUUUGGGGGGCCCUGGAGCUGGUGGAGAAGUUGACUCCAGAAGCUGGAGAGAUCACUGCCAGUGUCAAAGAUCUGCCCGGGCUGAAAACUCCUUUAGGUAGAGGCAGAGCGUGGUUACGACUGGCCCUGAUGCAGAAGAAGCUCUCUGACUACAUGAAGACCAUCAUCAACAGAAAAGACCUGCUUAGUGAGUUCUAUGAGCCAAAUGCACUGAUGAUGGAGGAGGAGGGAGCGGUGAUCGCCGGGCUGUUGGUCGGCCUAAACGUUAUUGAUGCUAAUCUGUGUAUGAAAGGUGAAGACCUGGACUCCCAGGUCGGCGUGAUUGAUUUCUCCAUGUAUCUGAAAGAUGGAGGUCACACGAGCAAGAGUGCAGAAGGCGACGGACAGAUCACAGCGAUUCUCGACCAGAAGAAUUAUGUCGAGGAGCUGAACAGACACUUAAGUGCUUCAGUAAACAACCUCCAGGCCAAAGUGGACGCUUUGGAAAAGUCCAACACGAAGCUAACGGAAGAGCUGGCUGUCGCCAACAACCGGAUCAUCACUUUGCAAGAAGACGUGGAACGAGUCAAAGAGGAGAGUUCAUACCAGAUGGAGUCCAGCAGAAAGGCAUCGAGAUGCGACUCAGCAGCAGACGGACAAUCUAUAAGUGAAACUCGCAAGCAGCUCAAGGAGGAAACUCUGCUCAGAUUGGAUGUGGAGAAGGAGCUGGAGGUGCAGAUCGGGAUGAAGCAAGAGAUGGAGCUGUCCAUGAAGAUGCUGGAGAAGGACAUCUGUGACAAGCAGGACGCCCUGAUGGAGCUCCGUCAGCAGCUGGAGGACCUGCGUGCCAUCAACCAACAGCUCAGCCACAAGUCACAGACUGCAGAAUCCAGCUCCAAACAGAAGAGCGAGGUCAUCGUCCGCUUGGAAGAGAAGGUCAAUCAGAUGACAUCAACGGUGAAACAGCUGGAGAACAGAUGCAAGCGGGCGGAGAGAGAGAAGGACCUGGCUGUGGAGGCCAACCGGCUCUUCAAACACGAGUUUGGAGACAAGAUCGAGAGUCUGCAGACAGAGACGGAGCAGCUGAGGAGGCAGAGGUUCAGUCUGGAGAUGGAACUGGCAAAGCAGCGAGAACGCCACGCUGACGCUGACCCCGCGCCCUCACUCUCCAGCACGCCCCACAUGGAUCAGAGGGGCCCCCAGAACAUCCCAAAAUCAGUGCCAGAGUCUCCGUCAAGACGCCGUGACCAGUUCAGAAGUGGCUCCCUCGAGAAGAGCAGCCUCAGCUCCAGCUUGUCGCUGUCGCACCACGAGGAUGAACCGGACGAGUCCUUUGUCAACAUCAGCGAGCCUGCCGUCUGCUCCAUGUGUGAGGAUGAGGACUCUCUGCUGAAGAUGAAGAAACGGUGUAAGAACUGCAGCGGCGUCUUCUGCGAGAGCUGCGUGUCCAACGAGCUGCCGCUGCCCUCCUCCAUCCUGCCCGAGACCGUGUGCACCACCUGCUACUCUCAGCUGCUGCAGCAGUACGCCUCCUCCCCCACGUGAGCAGCUGCAGCUCCAGCAGAGGCGCGCUUUCCCUCUCUCUUCCAGUGGCCGAGUGAGUCGCUCCAGUUUUUAAGUCGACUUUGAGGACGACGUUCAGCAGGAAGUGAGCAUUCAAGUCAAUCACGCGGCAGCAGAGGCGCAGAGUGGAGGAAGCUGGGAAUCGUUCAGCUGCUUCAGAUCAAGAAUGUGUCGCGUGUAUGAAUCCAAAUAAGCAGGUCACUCUUCUGGCAAUGAUUUAUCCAAAUAUAUUGACAUAACUGGGUAUCAACCAAUGAAGCUGCUGCUGCUGCUGCUGCUGCUGCUGCAGCUGGCAUCAUUCCUUUAUUCUAGCUGAGCUCAGACGCACUUUGUAGGUCCGUUUUUAAAAACUGGGCGGGUUUGAAUGGAAAAGCACACUUUUUUUUUACGGGGGACCGUCGAACACUUGGCAUUUUCCCUGUCUUUUACUUUGUUUUAGGCAUAAGAGAGGAAUAUGUGUUCCAGGAAUGCAGCUGAUUUAGAAUAAAUAAAUAACAAAAACGCAAAUAAAUGUUGUGACUCAUCAGUUUGAAUGUAUCCGCUUGUUUCAUUUGACUUGGAGCUGUAAUGUUGAACAUCUGCUGAGUAAUAA